AUGAACUUCCAACAAGCCCUAUCCGACCUUUCUGGCAAAUUCCAGCUUGACGCCGCUGGUCUAGUAGCUCUGGCGGAUCUUCAGAGUAUCGCCAAAUGGACUGCUAUCACUGCCCCUAGUCUUAGUGGCGGAGAAUUACCCCCAACAGGAGCUUUGACGUCAGGAUACGUCUUUCGGAUUGAGAAUGAAGCCACGGUGCACUUUUUGCAAAGUGUCGGAAAAACGGGUAAUCUACUCAACCUAGUCGUGGACUUGCCGCCGACUACCAUAAAGGAGAAGUUGAGAUGCUUGAUCGAAAGCCCUGGUAAGACUCUACUCUUCCUCUAUGCAAUUGGUCAGAUCUUGACAGUCGCUGUGAUUAUCAUCCUUGCAUUGUUGGAAGAUUGGUGGGCCCUGGUGACACUUGCCAUGUGGAUGACUGCUAGAAUCUGCAACACCUGGUCUAUCAAGAUACGGAGUCACAUUGACUGGAAAGGCGAGACAGAGCCCGGGGUGAACGGUGAUCUUCUCAUUUUACUCACACAAGAUCGAUGGAUUCGUCUUCGGGGCACAGUCGAUGACUUGAAGGCUGUUACUUCCGGGCAAUGGCUCCGAGACAAAACUUUGCUUGACGAGCUACUCAUCACCUUCUCGACACUCAUGGUAUAUUUGUCCGCUGUCAUCUCGGGAAAUUCAUCCAUAAUGGGUAGCCUGUGUCUCCUUUGUCUGAUGCUUGUAUCGGCGGGGCUAUUGGAAUUAUGUACGGGAUUAUCAAAGGGUUUCCGAAUGUAUGGGCGUAUGCUUAAGGUGGUUGGAAAGCCGACCCCUUACACGCGGAGACUAGACUUGGCGGAGGAGCUCAUUCAAGAGACAGGAAGGGAUGACUGGGCAAUUGGCCUCGGCAUGAUAUUGAAACCCACCGGUCGAGGCGAGGGACCUGUUCUUCUCUGA